AUGAGCGGCGGGUAAUGGCGGCGCUGCCCGGCUCGCGCUCGCUCGCUGCUGCCUCGGGCCCGGCCUCGCGCUGCUCGCCGUUACCCUGGUUACUCGGCCCGGCCCGCCGUUCGCCCGCCCGCCUGCCCACAGAAUAACAUUAUUCUCCAUGGAUGUCCCUGAUAGUCCUGAUUGCGACCCCCAUUCCCCAGAGGACCAGCUUUCUGAUGAUGAUGACUUGUUGCUUGAGGGAGGGCAUGAAAACGAUGAAGAGGAGGAUAUAGACAAACACUCGGACAAUGAGGGAGAAGGCUUGGAUUCUGAGGACAAUGACCGCUGCAGUGAUGCAGGGAUUCACAGUACAGGGGAGCCUGACCAUGAUGUGGAAAUACACGAAUCAGAGGUGGAAGAGGAUGAGGAAAAGCUGAGAGAGGAAGGUGAUUACAGUGAGGAAAGUGGAAAUGAUGGUGAUAAUGAGGAGCGGCCAAACACAGAAUCUGACCGUGACAAUGUCGCAAGCCCAAAAAGAACUUGUGGUGCUGAGCGAACUGAAAAAAGCACUUCUGAGAAACAGGAUUUACGAGCUGAUGAGGAAACUGUGAAUGAUUCUAAGGAUGAAGCAUCUUCUGUCAUCAGGGACCUAGAUGAGCAUGAGCUGGACUAUGAUGAAGAGGUUCCUGAAGAGCAGCCAGGGGCUGUAAUAGAAGACAGCGAGAAACAAAGCACGGAGGAGAAAAGCAGCGACUCGCCAAAGGAGGGGGAAAUUGAUAAAAGUCAACUCGAGGAGCGGAACUCUGAAAGAGACAGAAAAGAUGCAUUUUGUGAGAGGAAAAAGGAUGAAGAUGAUGGGGAGCUUGAUGAAGGAGAAGUUGAGGAUGAUGACCUUGAGGAAGGUGAAGUGAAAGAUCCCAAUGAGAGGAAAGUCCGACCAAAGCCUAUCUGCAGAUUCUACAUUAAAGGUAACUGCACUUGGGGAAAUAAUUGUCGAUUUAUCCAUCCGGGAAUUAAUGACAAAGGAAACUACUCAUUGAUAGCCAAACCAGAUCCUUUCUCACCAAAUGGCGGACAUCAUCUAGGACCUCACCCAUUGAUGCAGGCUAAUCCUUGGGAAACCCAUGCCUUGGGAGCUCCGGUCAUUGAAGAAUUGAUGCCCCCUAUUCCUUUGGAGCCUCCUGCAGAGAGUGCAUGGGAGAGAGGACUGCGGCAUGCAAAAGAGAUGUUGAAGAAAGCUACCAUCAGAAAGGAACAGGAACCAGACUUUGAGGAGAAGCGAUUCAACGUCACCAUUGGAGAUGAUGAUUUUGACAAAGAAAAUGAUUUUUAUCGAGACUGGAAUUAUCGUGUUGCAAGAGACAUCAGAGAGCCAGGUGACUUGGAGUACAGAGAAGCAAUCAACUAUGGACCUGAUCCUUAUAUAACUCCCUACUACGAGCAUGAAGCUGAGCGAUACUGGCGUGGUGGACAGUAUGAGAACUUCCGGGUGCAAUGGACUGAGGCAGACUUUCACUAUAGGGAAAGAGAGAGGGAACGGGAGAGAGAAAGGGAACGAGAAAGAGAGCGAGACAGACAUCGAGAGCAGCGCGAGAGGGAAAGAGAAAGAGAAAGAGAACGCGGAAACAGGAUACGAGAGCGAGAGAGGGACAGAGAGCGUGAACGUGACAAAGAACGGCAACGAAGAAAAGAGGAAUGGGAACGAGAACGAGCCAAGCGCGAAGAGAAAGAGAAAGUACAGAAAGACCGAGAACGAGAGAAAGAGAAACCAAAGCAGAGAUCCCCACCUCCUGUAAGCCGACAAGUAGAAGCACCCAAGAAAGAAGCUGUUGCGACGACUGCAGUGAAGCGGGCGGAUGAAUGGAAAGACCCCUGGCGCCGAUCCAAGUCACCCAAAAAAAGGCCAGUUUCAACAGCAUCACCAGGGCGUGGGCGUAAGCGACGGAGAACAUCUGGCUCAUCUGUUUCAGUGUCUGGCUCGUCGAGGUCUUCAUCUCGUUCUUCUUCCUAUUCUGGAUCUGGGUCUUCCAGGUCACGGUCAAGAUCACAUUCAAGAUCAUCCUCUUACAGCUCGUAUUCCAGCCAUUCCUCCAGGCACAGCUCGUAUUCUGGCAGCAGAUCAAGGUCUCGAUCAUUCUCAUCUUCACCUUCCCCAACUCCCUCUCCAUCACGAGCAAAAGAUGCUGCAGGAGCAAAGACCAAAGGCGGAACAGUUGUCGGUGGUGGAACGGGCGAUGCCCCAACUCCCACUGGCAAAAGUGAAAAAGCUGUGAAGAAACUGCCAUCGCCACAGCCUGUAGGGCAGACAGCAGGAGCAAAGGUUGCAAAGGCCAAUGCAGAGAGUGCAAAACCUGCCGAGAACAGAGAGGGAAGGAAGAAGGAACGCCCGCCCCGCACACCACCCAGGAGCAGGAAGACCGCAAGUGCUAGCGGGAGUGAUAGUGGCAGCAGCUACAGUGGGUCAAGUUCACAUUCACGGUCGCAUUCUCGUUCAGUAUCUCGGUCAACAUCAGCAUCUGGCUCACGGUCUGCAUCGGGUUCCCAUCGAUCCAGGUCCCUCAGCGUGAGCAGUGUGUCAUCCGUGUCAAGUGCAUCGUCAAGCAGCAGCUCUGUCAGAAGUGCAGACUCUGAGAACAUGUAUGCAGAUUUAGCCAGUCCCGUGUCCUCUGCAAGCUCCCAAUCGCAAGUCCCUGCUCAGCAGCAGAAGCAGAAGGAAAAAGUAAAACCCAAGAAAGAGGAGACGCCGAGGGAGAAGGAGCGUGAAGAGAGGCGAAAACGUGAGAUUCCACCACAGCCGCAGAAGACCUCUGCACCAAAACCUGCCCAGAUCAGCAAACCCCCACAGCUUGUCUACAGUGCACACAAGGAUAUCAAACUGACCCUGCUAAACAAGCCUGCUGACAAGGGCACACGGAAACGGUACGAGCCUUCUGAUAAAGAGCGGCCAUCCUCUCCACCUUCCAAACGGGUCGCCCUGUCUCCUGAAAGAGGACAUCGGGAGCGAAAGCCAUUUGGGAGGCCACCAUCGCCAAAGGGUGAUCGCCAGAGUACCCGGGUGCCACCGAUGAUGCGGUCUUCUCCUGCCCAGGCAGACAGAAAACGGGCUCCGUCACCCCAGUCAAAGGUCUCGAGUAAAGUGACCAGCGUGUCUUCGAGCUCCAAGUCUCACGAUGUGGCAGCCUCUGCCACGGCUGCAUCCUCUGCAAAGUCAAGUAAAUCCAACACGUUAUCCCGCAGGGAGGAACUGCUGAAGCAGCUAAAGGCAGUCGAGGAUGCCAUUGCCCGAAAGCGCGCAAAGAUCCCUGGCAAGGUCCAGUAGGCGUGCCCAACUGACUGGGACUGUGGUCGUUUGGUUAGAGACAGCUGUCAGUAUUUUCAGUGAUUAAAUCCGUGAUUUAUUUCAGGAAGCAGCCAUGUUGGCGGGGGGGUGGGAGGGGGGGGGGCUCUUUGAGUACCUCACUGCCAUCCUCCCAACCUUCUGAUGUCCCAGUGGGAGUGAUGGUUGCAGAGUUACUGCAGACGUACCACCGUUCUGUUUUUUCUCAAAUUGGAAGAUGCUACAGACUGUGAGCUCGAUCACGCAUUUAACACAGGCUGACGUUGCAGUGGCAUUCUAUUCGGCUGAAGCAGACAGCGACAGGAAUUGGACAGGUGGAACUGACCCUGGAGAUGGCACACCUUUUACACUGCUUUAGAAGAUCUUAGUGUGUGUGUGUGUGUGUGUGUGCGUGUUGUCUGAAGGAAUUCCUCACGUUUACAUUGUGUUACCAGAGAGCGGGUGAAUGUGCUGUCAAACACGGCUCACUUUCUUCUCCCACACCACCGCCCAUCAUAACCAUUUUUUGGUAAAAUUGUUCUUCUGCUUUCCCAAAUAAAUACUCAUUCUUUUAUUUUACGCUUUUUCCAGGUUUUUUUUUUUAAAUGUCACACACGGACCUUAUGGUUAUGUUGAAUGCGUAGGUUGAAGUUUUGGACCUCUUCAAAAGAUCAUUUGGUUAAUGCACACAGCUGAGGAAUUGUGGUAAAGCAGGUUUUUUCAUGCUUACAACAUCUGCUGAAGUGAGGACAGAGUGUUUCAAUUGAACGGGGAAAUAAAUGUUCAGGAUUGACUUUUUUUUACAUGACUUUAAUAAAGGAUUUACUAGUUGUAAA